UAAAAGAUCAAGGAACUUUUGAUCAAACUUUCUAGGCUGCAUCCUCACUCCUUGAGUCAGGCUGAGAAAGAUAUUUCAGUAGUAAAGCAUCCCUUAAACUGAUACGUUUGCAGUUUGAAACAAAUCCUCUGUUCUAAUCUGCAUUCAAACCCUGGCUCUGCCACUCUGAGAUCCCUAAGCACUAGCCAUGGAGAAGAGUUGUAUAUCUGUGUUCCUACUGCUUGUUGCUGUCUCUUAUGCCCUGGCUAAGAACGAUGGCAAAAGGGAUACAAAAGAAGUAAAAGAGACCAAACCAAAACUGCCUCAAACUCUCUCCAGAGGGUGGGGUGAUAAUCUUAUCUGGACUCAGACCUAUGAAGAAGCUUUGUUCAGAGCCAAGACCAGCAACAAGCCCCUGAUGAUCAUUCACCAUUUAGAGGACUGCCCACAUAGUCAAGCACUAAAGAAAGUAUUUGCUGAACACAAAGAAAUACAGAAAUUGGCUGAAAAGUUUGUUCUUCUGAAUCUUGUUUAUGAAACAACUGACAAACAUCUUUCACCUGAUGGCCAGUAUGUCCCUAGAAUUCUGUUUAUAGAUCCCUCCCUGACAGUUAGAGCAGAUAUUACUGGAAGAUACUCCAACCGUCUCUAUGCAUAUGAGCCUUCAGAUAUUUCAUUGUUGUAUUCAAAUAUGCAGAAAGCUCUGAAACUGCUGAAGACUGAAUUAUAAGUCAGCAGAAAAGCCCAUAUGCAGCCACGAUGUCUGAUCUUUCUGCUCUGCUCUACUCACUGGCAUCAGUGAAGACUUUUUUUUUUAGGUUGACUUUAGAAAUGCAUAGCACUGGUUUAUAUGCAUAACUAACUGUAUGGUUUUUUUGUUAACACUUUUGUACUGGAUGGGAUUUUAAGUACUGGUUGCUUUUUUUAAAAAAAAGCAUACAGAACACUGUAUGCUUCAACUGUAAACCUUGAUUUUUUAAAGAAAUAAAUACACUGUGGACACCUUAA